UUAUAGUAAUCAAGAGAGAGAGAGAGAGGAUCUGGAAAAGAAAAAAGUGACAAAGUAGAGUUCAUAGGAACAAGCAAUUCUUGUUUGAUGCAUUCUUGGUGAUGAAGGAAGAAUCAUAACUGCAUAAUAACCCACUUCUCAGCAGCUCAUUGUUUCAGUUACUGAGACGAAGGCAAAAUGGGUUGUGAGAAACUAUUAGUUCUCACAUUUUUGGUAGCAGUAGCUCAUGCAGCAGCAGACAGCAUGCAAAUGCAACCAGUAAUGGCUUCUUCAUCAGACAACAAAGUGAACUUGUCUGUCUACUACGAAUCACUGUGCCCCUACUGUGCCAAUUUCAUGGUCAAUCAUCUCCUCAAGAUUUUUCAGACAGAUCUCAUCAACAUAGUCAAUCUCAGACUCAUCCCUUGGGGCAACACUCAGAUUCAAUCCAAUGAUACUUGGAUUUGCCAGCAUGGUGUAGACGAAUGUCGGUUGGAUGUGAUAGAGGCUUGCGCCAUCAAUUCCUGGCCUAAAGUGGAGAAGCAUUUCAAGUUUAUAUACUGUGUGGAGCGACUGCAUUUGAUGGACAAACACACACAGUGGCAAUCAUGCUAUGGUGCAAAUAAUUUGGAUCAAACACCCGUAAACAAUUGCUAUAAUAAUGGCCUUGGUUUUCAGCUUGAGAUGGCAUAUGCUGAUGAAACGACUAAGCUCAAUCCUCGUCACAGAUUCGUGCCAUGGGUUGUUGUCAACAAUAUUCCUCUUCAAGAAGAUUUUGAGAACUUCAUAGGAUAUGUUUGCAGAGCUUACAGAGGAAACAAGGUGCCCAAAGCUUGUGCUCGUUAACAGAAAGUUUAAAAGAAUCUGAAGUAAUCUGAAGAUUCAAGAAAACUUUAAAAUAACUUCAGUUUUCCAUAUGUAAUAGUUUCUGUAUCUCGACAGCUUCGCUGUAGAAACAUGUUGUAAUAAUAGGUACCUGUUUUGAACCUCAAAUGUACAAGUAAAUUUUGCUGCUUAAUUUUCAAUAAGCAAUCUCCAAGUCA